UCAGAUAUUAAGACAAAUUAUGGAAGUGUCGCCACAACGAAUGUAUGUGGCCAAUAGUCAGAUUCCAAGGAUAGUUAUAGGCAAUUAUGACGGUGCUGGUGACAGCGAUACGAGUAGCACACAAUACGAAGACGAAUCACAAACAGAUCUUGAAAUGGCAACGAGCAAUUUAACACUGCGUCCAGACGAACGAGUCAAGAAUAUGAGUUGUAUGAGUGUGGAAAUUUUUAAGCAUAUUGAAGAUUUGUGCCAUGUGCUUCAAUCUCAAUGCUGUGCAAGUGAUGUGAAACUUUUGAUAUUUGCAGCGGCGGCAAACAGCGAAGGAUAUCGUAGCACUUUGGUGCCGAUACCUCCACUUUUUAUGGGCGAUACUUUCUAUGAUAUUGAGCGACUGCGUCGCCUGAUCGCCAAUUGGCCAAGCUGUAGCCAAAUACCACAAAUAUUACGAAGCACGGAAUCAAAUCAAUUAACUGCCGGAUACGUACAUCUUCUACAUUGGGUGCUCAUUUCACAAGCGAAUCCAAUUUUGCGUCGUUUCAAAUUAAAUCGAUUGUCGGGUUUAUGCAAGGAUCUACAUCUGGCGAAGCCUUCUUCAAAACCCCAAGAAGUGCUGAGUAUCAACUACAAGGAUGAACGGCGUUUGGCCAAAUCCAAGCGAAUUUAUGCCUAUCUUGGUUGCCCACUUCAAUUUCUCUAUCGUCUCCUGAUCAUGGGCAGAAUGGACAACAAUUGGGCGGGUCCAUUGCGUCUAUAUGAUCGUGCUGAUGCUGCUUUAUGCCAAUGUACGGUCACAAGAUUGCCACUGCCGUCCAACUGUUGGUCCCAUUCUCGCUUUGGUCGUGCACCACGUUGUCUUCUUAUCUGUGAAGUGUUGCAGGAGAGGAUCAUGUCACAGCCGGAGAUUAUCAUUGAUGACACAUCUGGCUUGCGUGUACGCUAUUUGCUUCUCUUUACGGAAUGCAAUAAAUCCAUUGAGUGCUUGCCGAGCACAAGCAGAAUAAUCGAUGAUAUAGACAGCGAUAGCAACAUCACUAGGACAUUCACCACUUCCAGUUUCAAGAGCAAAUUCAGCAGCAAUAACGCUCACAGAUCCAGAGGCAGCUGCGGCAGUCGUUGGAUCUUUCGUUUAGUCGGUUCGAUUAUGGGACAAGUUGUGCGAUUCGUGCAACGUCAGCGUACAACAUUUUAGAAAACUUUAGACCAAUUUGAAUUAAAUCAAAUUUUAGUACUUCGAGU